AUUGGUGGGUGAUGCAGCACAGCAGUGUGACCUUUAGGCUCAAAUAUGAGACAAGAGUUCACAAGUGAUGAAGACGGGAGAACAAACCUUCAGUUCACUGCGUGACAUGUGACUAGGCGGUGAGUGGAAAGAAGCUGGUUGCAGGAACUCUUGCUUUCCAACUUUCGAACAACCAGACAAACUAAAGGCUCUCGGUGAGAAGGAAGAUGCCUCCCACACCUACAGAUGUGCUGGGCAACAAACCCCUGGAUGGGGGUUGGGGCUGGAUGGUGGUGUUUGGGGCCCAUAUCUCUAUCGGAUUUGCUUACUCAACUCCCAAAGCUCUUUCCAUUUUCUUCAAGGAGAUUCAAGAGGACUUAAAGGCCAGCUACAGUGAAAUAGCGUGGCUCUCCUCCAUCAUGCUAGCUGUUAUGUAUGCAGGCGGACCAGUAAGCAGUGUGCUGGUCCAUCGAUUUGGAAGUCGACCAGUUGUCAUGAUGGGCGGAUUAAUGUGUGGGGUUUCUAUGGUAACUGCAUCUUUUGGGAGCUCCAUUGUCUAUCUCUACAUCUGCACAGGAAUAAUUGGAGGCUGGGGACUCUGCUUCAACCUGAAUGCGUCCCUCACCAUCAUCAGUAAAUACUUCCUCGCAAAGCGACCAUUAGCCAAUGGCCUUGCCAUGGCUGGGAGUCCAGUGUUCCUCUGUUUCCUGGCCCCUCUCAACCAGUUUCUCCUGGGCCAGUUUGGAUGGAGAGGGAGUUUUCUUAUUCUCGGGGGCAUGAUGCUCAACUGUUGCGUUGCAGGUGCCUUGAUGAGACCUGUGACUCCAUCUCAAAAACCACCAUCUGGUCCUCAGGCCAACGGGAUCCAGCCCAAUGUUGGAAAUACUAAGAAAAACGGAAAGUGCAUGAGAAGAACUAAGCAGUUUGUGGAUUUGUCCUUCCUCAAAGACAGGGGCUUUGUCAUUUACCUCGUAGGAAAUGUGCUGUACAUCUUCGGUGCCUAUUCGCCCAUUGUGUUUCUGUCUGCCUACGCAGUAAGCCAAGGUGUAGAUGAGUACUCUGCAGCCUAUCUGCUCUCCAUCAUGGGCUUUGUUGACAUGUUUGUUCGUCCUGGCACUGGUUUGUUAGCCAACAGCAAAUGGAUCAGGCCAAGAAUCCAGUAUCUCUUCAGCUUUGCCAUGGUCUUCAAUGGUACAUGCCACUUACUGUGCCCUCUGAUGAAGAGCUACCCUCUGCUUGUGGCCUACUCUGUAUUUUUUGGUUUCAGUUUUGGCAUGGUUUUUGCCCUGAUAUUUGAAUGCCUCAUGGACCUGAUGGGAAAUCAACACUUCCCCAGUGCUGUUGGACUAGUGACCAUUAUAGAGUGCUUCCCCAUGCUUUUGGGCCCACCUACUGCAGGAUUACUGGUGGACGUCUUUCAUCACUAUAAGUACCUCUUCUAUAUGUGCGGAGGAGUGAUCAUAGCUGGUGGGGUCUUUCUUUUUGUCUUGAACGUCUACAACUACCACAUGCUUGAAAAAGAAAAUUUGGAGAAAACCACAGAGCCAAACCAAAACACUCUGGAGAACCAGGAGCAGGCAGAGACGGAGCUGACUGAACCUGUGGCAGAAGAGAUGAUAAACACGGCCAAACAUAAUCCAGAACUGAGAAGUAGUGAAGAAACAAAUUAAACAAUUGACUGACUGAUGUCUUACCCAGCUGCCUUCUCUUACAUUCGCUUCAUGGUGAAAGGAUCAAAGGUAAAAGACAGAACCUAUGAGCCUUAAUCGCUGGUCCAGAUCUGGAAAAUAAAAAAAGGCUUUAUUUUUUUUACUUCAAUGUCGUUUAAUGGGACAUUUGUGUUUUUAAAAUUUAGACCAAAGUUGCAAUGAGCCAAAUAAGAUGCAGUCAUGCUGGCAGUGCCAAAUAUACGACGAGUCCAGCUUUGCACAUGCAGGGUUUACAAUAAGUGUGCUUUUACCGUUUAGGUUAAACGGUUCUUUUUUAAAAAGAUAAAAAUUUACAUAUAAUGUAGGGCUGCACAAUAUUAGGGAAAACAUGCAAUUGUGAUAUUAUUUGAUAUUGUGAUCAGUAAACCCAAAUGUUCAACGUUUACGUUAAUGCUUUGGCCACUAACGUCUAGAUUAGCUGUGAGUUUUCCUGGUACCAUCUGACUCGCCAAACUAGCUAAUUGUUUUAAUUAUUUAUUGUAAUACUUUGUGAUACAAAUGUUACAUACUUUAAUGUUACAUCGACAAUUCAUUUUACAUAUAUUGUGCAGCCCUUGGCUAAUGAGAUUUAUUAUGAGUAGUUGUAGCCCUGAUCUAUCUAUUCAUUUAUUCAGCCAUAAUAUUAUGAACACCUGCCUAUGACCAACCAGGGCAUUGAUGAAGAGCAUCUAGAGGUACCCUGGGAUGUCAGGUAUGAGGAUUUGACCAAUAGAAGGCUUAAGCGAUGUGGAGUGUGUGUCUUUUCGGGAAAGUGGUUUGGUUCGAGUGUAAUUCAAAUGUUAGGAUGUCUAAAUGUGUCAAAGCAGCAUUCAUGGGUGACCAAACCAGGAUCACCUGCUUAACACUGUUGGCUCUAAAUGACACUCAGGCAACAAUAUCACAGAUAAUCCUGAAAACCUUUGGAAUGAAUCUUUGCAGGGACUUCCUCUGGAAUGUGAUAAUGAACUCACUAGUCUUAUGUUACAUUUUACUGCUCAUAAAUCAGCACAGUUUUCUUUGUGAAAACAAUUUAUUCUGUGUGAUAAUUUGAAUAACCUCAGGGAGGAUGGUUAUGAGAUAAUACAAGUGCUAAUAAAUGUUUCAUCGUUUUUAUUUCAUUAGAAUCUACAGUGACAAAACAGGUAACGUUUGCUGUGACUGCUAUUAUUCAGUAAAAAUCUGCUGUGGAUACUAGUGUCUUUAAAUCCUUGUCCAUAUUUAUUAAAGGAAAUGAACUUUGAUAUUGAAAGACAAACAAAUUGGUGUGUUUCUCAGUUGACUAAACCCCCUGCUGACAUUUAA